AUGCGGAUGAAGCUGCUGAAGAUCGUAGUGGUCCUGUUGCUGUCAGGAUCGGGAGACGCCAGACCGCAGAGAACCGAAGAAUCGACACAAGCACAGCCAUCGAAAGCGAACCCCGGGCAAUGGAGAACGUCGAGCGGCGUGCAUAGCGUUCGAGAAGAUAGCAGCGCUCAGCCAAACGAGACGCAACGCCAUUUGAAGGACCUGCAGCACAUCGAUCAAUCGUUAAGGACAGUGGCCACUCAGCUGUUGAACGUGAGCAACCCUGAAGAGCCGUCUAAGAUACUCGACAACGUGAUCAAGAAGUCCAACGUGAACCAGAAGCCAAUCGAACGAAAUGAGGCAACUCCGAUCAAGGAGACGGCUGCUAAUAAUGGCCACUCAGUCGGCACCGGGUUUGGCAGACCAGUUAACUCGAAAUUCAGCUACUUCGAGGCGAGUCAUCCAGGCCAAGCAAUGGCCAUUACCGAAGAGGAACUAGAAAGAGAGAUGAGCUCGACUCGUCUGAUGACUGCUUAUAAGAAUCAUCCAACAACCACUGGAGGAAUUUCCACGUGGAUCCUUCUGAAUCCGCCGUCAACCACUGUGAAGACUCUGGAAAAUGAGAAGAAGACGAAAUUACCUGUAGAAGCUGAAGUGAAGAUGACUGUGAAGCCAACGACCUUGAUGGAGAGAAUUGAAACUACUGAAAGAGUGAUAGAAAAAGCAACCAUACCAGUUUCUACGACUCUAGUCACGGAUGAGCCUUCUACGUCGAAGAAGACUGUCUUCGUGACCACGAAGAAGACCACAGAAUUUAAGCCAGAGAAGACACAGAGCACAGAGAAGGUUGAUGCUCCUCAGAAUACCACUCUGAAAGCUUCACAGACUACUACGAGUAAUUUGGAGAGUAGAGAAGUCACUGCAAGUACUAUCAAGAAGAUUCAGGUUGUUCGAACAACUCCUAAACCUAAGAUAGCUACCAUGAAGACUACUGUGCUGAACAAGCCAUCGUUAUCAAAGACUUCCAGGCCUAAUCAGCAGAACAGACUGAAAUCUCCUGUCAGAAGGACUACGGUUAAGCCUGAUAUAGUCAAGCAUGAGAAUAUAUCUACUGCUAAGAUAGAGAAAGUCACUUUCAGACCUGUUCAAAUGAUCACGAUACCGAAGAACAAAAUAGAAAGCACUGAGAAGCCUAUGUUUGUCACGAAGAUUAAAGCUUCGAUUUUAAUGGACACUCAGAAGGCAACUACACAGACUUCUGUAUCUUCUACGAGCAGUUUGGAACCCACGACAAUUUCGAAACCUGCCACAAUUAGUAACGAAGUUACAGAGGUGUCUGUUAAGCCUAAACCAAUUGGAACAAAAGUGAACAAUGUCCUCAAGGUGCAGCUAAAGAAGCCCAUAGAAGAUACAACCAAGAUUGAAGUAGACCAAAUCAAAGUGCACGCACCUGUAUUGAAGGCUGAGAAAGUAGAGAAGGAGGAAACGAAGAAAGUUGAAGCUGAAAAGGAAGCAGAGACUCUUGAUAAUACUAGGAUAGACUUAAUGAAGUUUGACUUCAAUCCUGAAUUAACAAAAAUUAACGUAGACACAGAGUCUUCUUCUACUAGUACAACACAAGCUUCAACGACUACUUCAACCACCAAGAGACCCAGACACAAUUCCAAGAGGAAGAAGAACAAGGGAAGAAGAAGAAAACCGGCCAUUUCUACCAGCACAACGACAAUUUCACCAACAACGCCCGCUCCCACAGAAAAUGACUUAUUGGCAGAUGAAGCAAUGGCUGAGAAUGGAAUACAAGAGUCAAAAAUAGUACCUGAGACCAAAGUGGCUACUAAUUGGACUAAAACUAAGAAGAAGCCAGCUAAUACUCCAAUCAGUAUGCAGAUAUACAAUUUUCUCAGUCGAGAAGUGAUGCCUAGCUUUGGAGUGAUGUCUCUGGUAGGUUUAGGUCUAGGUUUGGCUUCUUAUUUCCUCUAUCCAUUUGGAGGAACUGUGACAAGAAGAAACUACGAGGUUGAGCCUAAGUACAAGUAUAAUUUCGACGAAUAUGGAGGAAACUAUGGUCAGAGUGAAGAGGAGGUUCUCUCGAAAGUUCUUCAAGGUAUGACCAUUGACGAGAACAAGUAUCCUGGUUCAAAGGACUACGACAACAAUUACUAUAAGUACCAGCAUUAUGACGGGGCUUAUGAACCUCAGACUACCAAGAAAAAUGAUCAGAGGUACCCUUCAUCCUCUCCAAUGUACAGACCAGAAAACACAGCGUCUGUGUUGAAGUAUAGGAACACUGAUUACAGAUAUUCUGAUACUUCAAGCACUCCUAAUUACUAUGACAGGCCUAAGCACUCUGAGUAUGUUGUUGGACAAGCAGUUCCUGGCUCAGCUAACAGGCAAUUCGUUGUUGGAAGUGUCCCUAAGGACUAUCCACCUUAUCAGGAGAAGCUUCCAGCUGUGUCUACUUCAGGAAACUUAGCAAACGGAUAUGAGCCCACAGAGAGUGCUCAGAUACAGUUCGAUCAUGACAUAAAUCAAAAUUUCAACUUCCCAGUGGGAUCUGUUCAGAACUAUGGUCAAGUUCAAACAGCCAGACCUGAAGAGACUUAUGAAGAAGUGGAGAUUACGCCAACAGCAGUUGCUGUGGAGCACGGACCAAGAUCUCUGAAGACUAAAAGAUCCUCUCCAGGCCUGGUAGAGCUUCUUACAGCAAAUACACAUCACUCCAGAAGAAAGAGGGACUCUGUGAUCCAAGUCAUUCCUUCUAAAAGAGAACUGGAAGAGGAAGAAAAGGAGGAGGACCUAAGUAACGAAAUCCUGAAUAUUAUUGACUCUGCUAUACCCGAAGAAGGCUACGAUAACGUGAAUAAGAAAAAGAUCAGGGGUAACCACGAAGAGGAGUUCGAAGUUAAAAGAAGAAAAGAAAAAGAAGAAGAAAAGACCAGAUUAAAGGAAUCCACUAUGAAAGGUCACACGUUGGAGACAAGUACGGCUAGCAGUGCAGACACCUCUACGGUUUCCUCAACAACGAAGGAGACCAUAGAGUCUUCGCCUUCCUCUUCAGGUUCGACCGAAGAAGAUCCUGAAGGAAACACGACAACCAGUUCGAAGACAACCGAGCAGAGCUCAGUAGAAUGGAUCGAUCUGACCACGAAGAAACCAACCGAGCAGAAUGGUUUCAAUCUCUUCAGUUUCGUGAAGAAGAUCGCCGAGAUCAAGUUCAGGCUCGGUCUGACGCUACUUAAACACGCCAGCGAAGGUUUCGCCAGAUACCUUGGCCACGUGCAGAAGAGGAUCAACGGGGAGGAGUGA